ACGAUAAACCAUCUGUGUUUCACUUUUCCCAUCUCUAAAAACGUGUAACAAACACGCGCGUUUUGUUUUUCUCCUUCAAUACGAUUUUUUAUUUCCUAAAUGGCUCUUCUCACAGAGAACCGUAAAAAACAGAAGGAAGAUCCGCCUUCCGAAAGUUCCCAAGAAGAAUCCGACGCGGAAGGCAGUCAGGAAGAUGGAAGCGAUGUGGAGGGCAACGCCGGCUGGGCGGAUUCCAUUCUGAAAGUACUGAAAACCACUAAACCCGAGACCCAAAAUAAAACCGUGUUGGCCCGUGCGAAAAACAGCCAAGGAUCCGUGCGAUCACAGAAGGCCAAGAGUGCUAAGAAGCCCGAAUACGACUUUGAGAUAGAAAAAGGCGAGGUGAAGGACGAAGACAAAGAUGAGGAUGAAGAUGAUGAGGAGGAUGUGAAGCCGGAGUCAUCUGCUCUAGAUGCCCAAUUAACCAAGCAACAGAGAAAGAAUGUGCCCCUGCAGCUUCGCGUAAAGCCCAGCUACCGGGACAUGGAGCGAGAACGAACGCUACGUAAAGUUGCGACGCGUGGUGUGGUUCAGUUCUUUAAUGCCGUACGUAUCCAGCAGAAGGAUCUGCAGCAGCAGCUGGAGGACGCUGGCCCCCUUGACAGUCGACAGGAUGCUGUGCUGAACAAUAUAAACAAACGGAAGUUUCUGGACGUACUGAUGAGCGGCAAAAGGGCCAAAUCCACAGCAAUAGACAAUGCUGUGAAGAAAGAGGAGGAUGACUCGGAUGAAGAUGAUGAAGAGGACGAGGACCAAACGGGCUUAUCCUCCAAAGGUAAAAAGAAGUCGGAAUGGAAUGUCCUGCGUGAAGAUUUUAUGACCAACAAGAAGAUCAAGCACUGGGACGAAGAAGACGAAGAGGAUAGUGAUCAACAGAAUCAAAACGAUGAUGCCGAGGAUAGCGAUGAAGAAGAUAAUUAGCUUUAAUUAUUUAAUAAAUAUUAGCUUUACAGUUGUUAGAAAAUGCAUUGUAAUUUCUAUUUAAAUCUGGUAAAAAUAUUAUGUCACCAUUUCCGCCUUGGA